CCAAUUUCUCAGUCUCCGCCACACUCGACAGCCGAGAGCCAGAAGCAGCAGCACCACCCCCAGCCAAAGAAGAAUUCAGCGACUACGAUGAAGAUGAAACUUACGGCGAAGUGAACAGGAUCAUCGGCAGCAGAGCCCUUGAAAGUGGCCGGGGAAUGGAGUACUUGAUAGAAUGGAAAGACGACCACACCCCCACGUGGGUGCCCUCCGACUUCGUAGCCAAUGACGUGGUAGCGGAGUACGAAACCCCUUGGUGGACUGCCGCCAAGAAAGCCGAUGACACUGCUCUCAAGCAGCUAAUUGAGUCCAACGACGGAAGAGACAGCGUUUCGGGGCUGGGUUCCGAGCAGUGCGUUCAGCUGCUGGCCGAGGCGGGGGCAAACGUCAAUCACAGGGACAACGGCGGUGGCUUGACGGCUCUGCACAUGGCCGCUGGAUAUGUGAAACCGGGUGUCGCAAAAUUGCUGAUAGAAUUUGGGGCAGACCCGGAAUUGGAAGACGACCGGGGACGGACCCCAUUGGAGCUAGCGAGGGAGAUCUUGAAGGCGACUCCACAGCUGCAAUUCGCCAGGAGAUUGGGGCUGGAGGGUGUGAUUAGGGUGUUGGAGGGGGCGAUAUACGAGUUUGCGGAGGUGGAGGAGAUCAUGGAGAGGAGAGGGAAAGGCGAAAAUCUGGAGUAUUUGGUGAAGUGGAAGGAUGGAGGGGAGAAUGAGUGGGUGAGGGCGGGACUGAUAGCGGAGGAUUUGGUGAAGGAUUACGAGGCGGGAUUGGAGUAUGCGGUGGCGGAGUGUGUUGUGGAUAAGAGGGAAGGGGAGGAUGGAAAGGAGGAGUAUUUGGUGAAGUGGACAGAUAUUGAGGAGGCCACUUGGGAACCCGAGGAGAAUGUUGAUCCCCUUUUGAUCAAUCGCUUUGAAGAGGGAAACAAAAAGAUUGCUGAGGCAUCAUCAUCUUAACUGUUUCUGGAGAAGGAUGGGGCGUUGCUUCAACUUCAUAAAUUUGCACCUCCGACUUAGGCGAUUUUGCUGGAAAUUUUUGGUGUGCAAGAACGUGGCAGAAGUUUGCUUUUAUAUUGAAAGAGCAAGUAACUUUCCCAGCUGUCUGCCUCGUCUUUAGCAUAUAUUGUUCAUGACUUUCCUUUUUUAACUCUUUUGGUGCAAUGGAGAAGUAAAACUAAUCAAAACUAGGAAAUUUACCUAUUCCUUGUUCUAGUAUAAACUGGAUUUGGUUGAGUUCAUGUUAAGUUCAUGUCAAUGGCAGAUUAAUAUUUAAUAUGUAA